AAUGUACGAGAAUAUACAUUUUCCUUUGUCCUACAGGGGUGUAGUAUUCUGGUCACCACUUAUUCUAUGAUAACUCACACUCAACGGAGGUCUUGGGAGGCUGAACAGACCAUGAAAUGGCUCCAAGAGCAAGAAUGGGGUAUAAUGAUUCUUGACGAGGUACACACCAUCCCAGCCAAGAUGUUCAGGAGAGUACUGACAAUCGUUCAGUCUCACUGCAAGCUGGGACUCACCGCUACCUUACUGAGAGAAGAUGAUAAGAUUGCAGAUUUGAAUUUCUUAAUUGGACCUAAACUGUAUGAGGCGAAUUGGUUGGAGUUGCAGAAGAGAGGUUAUAUUGCUCGAGUCCAGUGUGCAGAAGUAUGGUGCCCAAUGACUCCAGAAUUUUAUAGAGAAUAUUUAGUUUGUAAAACCAGUAAACGUUUACUCCUUUAUGUGAUGAAUCCCAGCAAAUUCAGGGCCACUCAGUACCUCGUAAGGUAUCAUGAGAGGAGGGGAGAUAAGACCAUAGUAUUCUCUGAUAAUGUAUUUGCUCUGAAACAUUAUGCCAUAAAAAUGAACAAACCCUACAUUUAUGGACCUACCUCUCAGGGAGAGAGAAUACAAAUCCUGCAAAACUUCAAAUUCAAUCCAAAGGUGAACACAAUCUUUGUCAGUAAAGUAGCAGAUACAUCCUUUGAUCUUCCUGAGGCUAACGUCCUGAUACAAAUAUCUUCGCAUGGGGGUUCCAGAAGGCAAGAGGCUCAAAGGUUAGGCCGUAUUUUGCGUGCCAAGAAAGGAGCAAUAGCUGAAGAGUACAAUGCAUUCUUUUAUACUCUGGUAUCCCAGGAUACUAUGGAAAUGAAUUAUUCUAGAAAGAGACAGCGGUUUUUGGUAAAUCAAGGGUACAGUUAUAAGGUAAUUACCAAGUUGGCUGGUAUGGAUGAGGAGCCUGACUUGUUGUAUAAGACUAGAGAAGAGCAGGGCCAACUGUUACAGCAGGUAUUGGCAGCUAGCGAUAUUGACUGUGAAGACGAACGAAUGCCUGGAGAAAGUGGUCCUAAAGGCUCAGCUGUUAGAAGAGUAGGAAAUAUGGGAUCUAUGUCUGGAGCUGACGACGCUGUUUAUUAUGAAUAUAGAAAAUCAAACAAUUUGAAUAAGCAUCCACUUUUCAAGAAAUUCAGAUAUUGACAAAGAUGUGUUGUGAUUAGGGCUUUUUUUAAUUUAACAGGGUUAAAUAACAGGGUUAUCAUAAUUUCGAUCUAUGUGAAGGAGUGGUAGAAAAACCCAUAUAUUCGAUAAAAACCAUGAAUAAACAAAAAAUAGAUAGUU